AUGUCCUUCUGCCCGCUCAAGGUGGCUGUGGUCUGCACGAGCAACAUGAACAGGAGCAUGGAGGCCCACAGCAUUCUCAGGAAGAAAGGUUUCAGUGUCAGGUCUUUUGGAGCUGGAUCCCGAGUCAGGCUCCCAGGAACCGCACGCAACCUCCCUGUGGUUUACGAUUUCUCCACCACGUAUGAACAGAUGCGCAAGGACCUUGCGCGCAAAGACCGAGAACGCUAUACCAGCAACGGCAUCUUGCACAUCUUGGGAAGAAACGAGAGAAUCAAGCCUCGCCCAGAAAGAUUUCAAGAGUGCAGAGAUCGCUUUGAUGUCAUCUUCACCUGCGAGGAGAGUGUCUAUGACAGGGUGAUAGAAGAGCUGUGGGCCCAAGAGCAGGAGACCUGCCAGCCUGUGCACGUGAUCAACGUGGACAUGGACGACAACCUGGAGGACGCCACCCUGGGGUCUCUGAUCAUCUGCGAGCUCUGCGAACGCCUCCAGCAGGCAGAGGACAUGGAAGGCAGUCUGGCUGAGCUGCUCCUGGCAGCGGAGAGGAAAACAGGAAGGAGCUUUCUGCACACGGUCUGCUUCUACUGA